CUGCAGAGUGUUUGUAAAUGCCCAUUCCAUUGUUUGUGCUGUUUGUGGGUUGCUACCCAUGGUGCCCACUGGGGGCGCUGUGGGUUGGUUCACUCUGAGUUGGUGCCUUCAUUUGAGGUGGAGAAUGAGAGGAAGUGUUGCUAGUCGGUCAGAGCUUUGGGCGGGAAUAUCCCACGGACAGGAGGAGGAGGAUGUUCUUCAUCUUUGUGACUCUGGGUUAGCGCACUUUCUUCAAAGAAGGCUAGAAGCAGCACUGCACGGACUUUGCCGCCGUGGACUUUGCAGCCCUUGGACAGCGGAGCGAGUUUUCACGGUGUAUUUGGAGCACGGUGUAUUUCAGUGCUAUUCAGCAAACUUGGCUGUGAAAGAAGCAAAUACAAAGCUACUACACCCGUCGAAGCUCUCUGUGUUUUCUUGGGUCUGAGGGACUGCUACAGUGAAAACUCGUCGCUGAGUGAAAGACGGUUCCAUGUUAGACGAGUGCAACCCACGUGUCAGUCGAGCGAGGCCUACACCAGCCUAAAGAGACUCUACUCCUGUCAAGAAUCAUUGAGACUUCAUCACAGCUCUUCAUAUUGGACUGUGACUCGGUUAUUCAUAGAGGUUCAGGUAUUUUACUCAAAAAGGACUUUGAAAAAAAAAAAAAAGGAGAUCAAAUUACCUGCACAGUAAUUAAGAGUUUAAAGUCUUAACUGCAGUCGUAGUUUAAUGUUUUGAAGCUACGGUGGGUGUGCAUUAAGUAAAUGCUAUUUCUUAAAUUGCAUGGUUUGGUUUUCCUCUAAAUAAUUUGCAGUACAUCAGCAGUAUUUACAGUCAUAUUUGUUAUAUGUGUGGAUGUUAAAUUGUUCACCUCCAUGGUUCAAAUGUCUGAUCUGAGUGUUGUUUCUCCACAUAGUCUUAAAGUUAAAGCAACACUUAUUCAAAUUUAAGUCCAGACAUUACUACAAAGCGCAAACACACACAUUAAAGGAACAAAAUGUUGUACCCUGCUGAAGAACCCGACAACGUAGAAAAGCAAGAGGUGAGAUCCAGCAAUCGUGAAAGACGCCUAACUGAAAAGGGCAAAGAAAUGCAUGAACAGGAUGCAAAGAAACAUGAACGAGGAUUUAACAGAGCAUAUGAUUCUUGGAAGGAGUCAGCUAUAGAAAUUAGAACAAAACUGAAGGCUUUCUGCUCACCUGAAGAUUUAAACAGUGCCAGCCAUGACAUAAGGGACAAGCAUGCGGCUGUACAACAACAUUAUGAACCCAUUCGCCGCAACCAAAACAUGACCCCAAACGUAGUAAAAAGGAUGGAUGCCUGUGCUGUGCUUACAACUGACAUUUGUGAGGUUAUUGCAAAACGACAAGAAAAUGUUGAUCAGCCUUUUAAUGAUCGUCUUGAAAAGGAAAGAGUAAGGUUGAUGCUAAACAAAAAUGACUAUGGCUCUGUGUUUGGAGAUACAAAAACUGAAACAUCGUUCCCAGACGGUUCAGUUGCACGCUCAAAGACAGAUUCUUCAUGCAGUCGUGAAGCAGAAGCUGAAUUUGCAGCUAAAGUAGAACAAGCAAAGGCUAUGCAAGAAAUACUUGCACAGCAAGCUAAGGUCAACCAAAUGGAAAAUGAAUGGAAGUUGAAGGAAAAUGAAGCACUGGCAAGGUUAAAACAAGAAGAAGUGGAAACAAAGGCAAGGCUUGAGCAAGAAAAAAUCAAACUACAGCAUUUAAAGGCAGAAAGUGAAGUAAAAAUAGCAGCAGCACGUGUAAAAGCCUUAAGCACUUUAAAUGAUGUUGAAAGCUGUGACCUAGCAUCCUGCCACAACUUUGAGAAUGCUUUAAAUGACUCUGUCAGUGUACCACAGCCAUCCUUAAAUCCGUUGGCCUUGCCGUUUAAGCAUCACUACUCUGGUGCGGAACGAGGAGAACUUAGCUUAGCUGAAGUUCUAGCAAACUCCCUUACCUUAAACCGACUUCCUGUACCAGAGCCAGCUAUCUUUAGUGGUGACCCUCUAAAGUUUGUUGACUGGAAAGUAUCCUUUAUGGCGCUAAUUGGCAACAAACCCUUACCUGCUUGUGAGAAAAUAUUGUAUCUAAAGAGUUAUAUUGCAGGUGAAGCUCGAAAGGCGGUAGAGGGAUAUUUUUAUCGCAACACUGAAGAAGCAUACCAGGGCAUCUGGAAUGUCCUGCAAGAAAGGUAUGGCAGCCCAUUCAUUGUCCAAAGAGCAUUUAGAAACAAGCUUACAAAAUGGCCCGAAAUAGCUGCUAACGAUCCUUUAGCACUGAGAGAGUUUGCAGACUUUCUUCAGAGCUGUGCAGAGGCUAUUCCCCAAGUCAAGGGCCUAGAAAUCCUGAAUGAUUGUGAGGAAAAUCACAAGCUUCUCAAAAAACUGCCUGACUGGAUAAUACAGAGAUGGAGUCGCAUUGUUGUGGAGGAGCUAGACAAACAUCAGGAGUACCCCAGCUUUGCUCACUUCACACAGUUCUUACAAAAGGAAGCUAAAGUUGCUUGUCACCCUGUCGCCUCACCAUUCCUAAUGAGUGACAAAACAGAGGAGAGACACAUUAAAAGAGCAAAAGCACUAACUACAACUGUCCAGACAAAGUCUCCCUUCCCCACAGUGGUCGCUCCUAAACCUAAACCACCUUGUUUGUUUUGCAAAGACAAAUUGCAUGGUGUAGCUAAGUGUCCUACAUUUUCAGCAAAAACCAAUGAUGAAAAGAAAGUUUUCAUUCGUGAAAAUCACCUCUGCUUCGGAUGUUUAAGAAAAGGCCAUGUAACUAAAGAAUGCAAAGGUCGUCACUCCUGCAGUAAGUGUGGCCGACGUCACCCCACCUGUCUCCACACAGAGGGAGUAAAGGAACCCAAAGAAAGGAGAACUGAGGACUCUGUUCCCCCAGCUGAGAAUGCAAACAAGGAAGUGCAUAAAGUCAUGACCCAUGUACUUACGAGAAAAACAUCUGCGACAUCAAGCAUAGUACCAGUUUUUGUGUCAGCAGCAUCAGAGCCACAGAAAGAAAUACUCACGUAUGCCCUGCUUGACACCCAAAGUGACUCUUCCUUCAUUUUAGGAGACUUGGCCUCUGAGCUGAACGUGGAUAAGCAACCAGUGCAGUUAAAGCUCAGCACAAUGACCUCUGUUGACACAGUUGUAGCAAGCAGACUUGCUAGCAACUUAAAGGUGCGUAGCUUUGACUCUGAUGCUCACGUCAAAAUAAAACAAGCCUACUCUCGUGACUUUAUCCCAGUUGACAAGUCCCAUAUUCCCUCUAGAGAAACUGCACUUCAGUGGCCACACCUUAAAGACCUAGCCAACCAGCUACAGCCACUACAAAAUUGUGAAGUGGGCUUGCUAAUCGGUUAUGACUGUCCAUCAGCACUAGCUCCCCUAGAAAUAGUCACAGGACAAUUGAACGAACCUUUUGCACAAAGAACCAUUCUUGGUUGGAGUGUCAUUGGGUCUGGUAAUCCCCACUUAGACAGAGAGGGAAAUCAGAGUUAUGUGCACCGCAUCAAUGUCAAACAAAUGCCCACACCCUCAGCUGCUGACGUGCUUAGAGUCUUAGAGUCAGACUUCAAUGAGAGAAACUAUGAGGAUAAAUAUGUAUCCCAGGACGAUGUUCGUUUUUUACAAAUCCUCAGUGACACAAUAAAGCAGAGAGAAGAUGGACACUAUCAGAUGCCCCUUCCCUUCAAGGAUAGUAAGCCACCAACCCUUCCCAACAAUAAGAGGCUAGCCACAGUCCGACUGCAACACCUAAAGAAAAGGCUAAAGGCUGACAAACAGUAUGAUGAGCAUUACAAAGCCUUUAUGAAAGACAUUAUCGGUAGUGGUGAUGCAGAACUAGCUCCUCCUGUGACAGAUGAUGAGAUCGCUUGGUACAUCCCACACCAUGGGGUGUACCACCCCAAAAAGCCAACGAAGUUAAGAGUCGUCUUUGACUGUUCUGCUAAGUUUCUUGGCGUCUCACUGAACGAUACUCUUCUCACAGGUCCUGAUAUGAUUAACUCACUGGUGGGGGUACUCUGUCGUUUCAGAAGGGAGAAUGUAGCCAUCAUCUGCGACAUCGAACGAAUGUUCCAUCAGUUCUUCGUCUGCCCAGAGAUGCGUAACUACUUACGAUUUCUGUGGUGGCCGGAUGGACAAUUAGAAGUAGAGCCCAAAGAGUACAGAAUGGCAGUGCAUUUGUUCGGUGCUGGAUCUUCCCCCGGAUGUGCUAAUUUUGGCCUUAAGUACCUGGCACAACAGCACAGAUCUGACUACCCGAAAGCAUCCGACUUUGUUGAAAGGAGUUUCUAUGUAGACGAUGGGUUGACAAGUGUUCCAUCAGUCAAAGAGGCUCGAGAGCUCAUAAAUGAAACACAAGCCCUUUGCAAACUUGCAGGUUUACAUCUGCACAAGUUUAAUUCCAACGAAAGUGAUGCUCUCUCUCAUCUUCCACCUUCAGAAAGAGCCACUACAACAGAGUCACUCGACCUCAAACCUGAUACUACACCUGAAGGUCAUGUGCUUGGAAUCCAGUGGUCAGUUAAAAAUGACACCUUCAGCUUCAGUGUAAAUACAAAGGACCAGCCUCCUACUCGCCGGAGCCUACUGUCAGUUAUCUCAUCUUUAUAUGACCCACUGGGCUUUGUAGCUCCCUUCACUUUGAGUGGCAAAGGUAUCCUACAGGAGCUCUGCCGUAGAGGUACCGAAUGGGAUGACCCCAUUCCUGACAACCUGCGCUCACGGUGGGAGGACUGGAAAAUUGGUUUGGAAAAACUUAAAUCAGUCAUAGUACCCAGAUGUUACCAUCCACCUGAACUAAAAGACAUUGUUAAAGUGGAACUGCAUCACUUCUCUGAUGCCAGUAACAUAGGCUAUGGAGCAUGUUCCUACAUUAGGUUCAUAAGUGAUGACAGCAAAGUGCACUGUAGUCUGGUUAUAGCUAAAGCUAGAGUCGCACCCACCAAAGUUAUAAGCAUACCACGACUAGAACUGUCAGCCGCAGUCACCUCAGCUAAGAUGAGCUUUAUGCUAAGAUCAGAGCUCGAGAUUAACAUUGAUGAGGAGUUCUUUUGGACUGACUCCCAAGUAGUCUUGGCAUAUAUCAACAACGAGGCACGAAGAUUCCAUGUCUUUGUCGCAAAUCGUGUCCAGUUGAUUAGGGAAAUUACAGAUCCCAAACAGUGGCACUACAUUGACACAGCUCAGAAUCCAGCAGACCAUGCCUCUAGAGGCCUUAGUGCAUCAGAGAUUAUGACAACCUGCUGGCUAUCUGGCCCAAGGUUUCUGUGGGAACAAGAGAUUUCCUACUCAGCUGCCCACUCAGCUGAACUAUUGGUAGGUGAUCCAGAAGUUAAAGCAGUCAAAACCUUUACAACUCAAACAAGCGAACAAGACACCAUCCUCAGACGCUUCGAAAGGUUCUCUAGCUGGUCAAUGCUCCUUAAAGUAGUGGCAAGAAUAAACAGACUGAGACCAAACAUAGCCCAAUAUGGCAGUGUUGUAACAGCGGAUGAACGCAAAGGAGCCGCUGACACAAUAAUAAAACUCCUCCAGCAGCAAUCCUUUUUUCAAGAGCUGAGAGUGUUGAAGGCAAAAGAUAGUCUCCCAAGUUCAAGCCCUCUCUUUCAACUGGAUCCCGUUGUAGAUCAGGGACUUCUCCGGGUUGGAGGAAGACUGAAACAGUCAACACUCUGCCAAGGUUUGAAACACCCUAUUAUCCUCCCAAAAGACCAUCACAUUACAAACCUGAUCAUAUCUCACUUUCAUUCAAAGAUUUGUCAUCAAGGCCGAAGCCAGACGCUCAUGGAGAUCAGAGCAAAUGGGUUUUGGGUGAUUGGUGGGAGCAAAGAAGUUGCAAAGCUAAUAAGCAGAUGUGUUCAAUGUCGAAAGCUUCGACGGCCUCUUGAGGAACAACGCAUGUCUGAGCUACCGAAGGAACGAGUUGAGGUCUCAGAUCCUUUCACCUACAGUGGAAUGGAUUGUUUUGGUCCAUUCACCACCAAGCAAGGUCGCAAGGAGCAAAAGAGGUAUGGACUCCUCUUUACCUGCCUUUCCUCACGCGCAGUUCACAUUGAAAUGUUAGAGAAUCUGUCUACAGACUCUUUCAUUAACGGCCUAAGAUGCUUUAUCAGCUUAAGAGGAGCUGUCUGUAAGCUGUACUGCGACCAAGGUACAAAUUUCAUUGGGGCCAAAAAUGAGCUAAAAGAGGCUCUCAAGGAAUGUGACAGAAAUGCCUUGGAGGCUUUCCUUGCAGAUAAGCAGUGCGAAUUCAUAUUCAACGCCCCAUCUGCCAGCCACGCCGGAGGUGUGUGGGAACGACAGAUUCGAACCAUCCGCAGUGUUCUCAAUGCCACCAUUACUCAAUCACAAGGCAGGCUGGAUGACGCUUCUCUAAGAACACUGUUUUAUGAGGCAAUGUCUAUAAUCAAUGGCCGACCACUAAGCGUUGAUGGAAUCAAUGACCCUAAAUCACCUGAACCUCUAACUCCAAACCAUCUCAUAUUAAUGAAAUCAAAGGUUGCACUGCCUCCUCCUGGAAAGUUUGUGAAGGAGGACUUGUAUGCAAGGAAAAGAUGGCGCAGAGUGCAAUAUCUAACAGAACAGUUUUGGAGUAGGUGGAAAGUGGAGUACCUUCUGAACAUAUCUACAAGACAAAAAUGGCAUCUGCCUCGUCGCAACCUUGAGGUCAAUGACAUUGUCAUCGUAAAGGAAGACAUACUUCCCAGAAGUCAGUGGCAACUGGGUCGAGUUGUUGAAGCACCACAAGAGGACGACGGCUUGGUGCGCAGAGUCAAGCUUCAAGUUGGUGAUCGAAAUUCAAUAAAGAAGCAGGGUACAACACACAAACCUCACAUUAUUGAGAGACCUGUUCAAAAACUUGUAGUUCUUUUAGAAAGUCGCUAACUGACAUUCAUUAGUCUCACA